AGAAAUGUUUGUCAUCGUACAAGUUCCAAUAUUUCUGUCUUACUUACAUGCUGAAAACUGACCACAGUUUUCUAGUGGAUUCCAUUCCUCGUAAGUGUAAGCAGAGUAAGAAGUUGGGUAGAAAAGUCUGUGAGUGUGUUGAAUAUUGAGAUCUGUACUUGUCCAAUAAGUUUUCUUCAAGAGGGAUGUAUGAUGUGCAUGUUUAUCCUCAUUGUGUUCAAUUGGUCACUGGAUUUUGGACCACCUUAAAGUAAUUUUCACACAUUCGAAGAAAAUUUGUACUACUACAAUUCACACAUGCAUCUGAUGCUUUUAGUAGGAAACCAUUCUUACCUCUAGGUUGUAACCACAAGUGCUGCCUUUUGCCCUAUGGCUGGUUGUACAAAUAUCAACCCAGACCAGAAAAUACCUUCCUGCCCUUUCUAUGAGUGGAAACAGAAUACUCGUGUACAUAAGAACACAUUCUUAUUCUUUUUGUGGGCAACUGGCUACAUUAGAAGCAGCAUAUGAUUCUCCCUUUUGCUGCUUUGACCUGCUGCCACUGCUGCACUACUGCCACUGCUGGUAAAUGUUGAAAUGUGUCCUGACAAUGGCAGUGACAAAUGGCAGGUCAACGUAGUAUACAUGACAGCUGUGUGUUGCUUCCCACCUAGCUGACUUCCCCAUGCAACAUGAGAAUGUACAUGCUUUUGUUGUGCUCUACAACUAUUCAGUGGAGUCUAGGAUGCUGCCUCCCACCUGCCUCUUCUCAUCUACUGUUGUAUUGAGGAAGAUGCAGGAAAUCUGGCUGAACAGUGGUGGGGAUGGGGAGACACAAACCCACCUUGCACCUUGCACUACCUUUUGACAGUUACUUGCUGACCAGAGCCAUAAAUCAAUGAGGGCUGUAGAUCUAACAGUUGGACUGGGACUUCUGGAAAUUGGGCUUUUCUCCCACCAGAGACUGAAGCAUCUCUGACAAACAACUCUUCCACUGAUGAAUCAUCAUCCUGAUUGGUCUACCGCAGAGACACACACUAAAAUGAAUAACCCCUGUGAUUCUCAGGCUUGAUCUUUGCUUUCUCAAAAUUGUUUAGGUAUUUGGUAGAUACCUAAUAGCUCUUAUGUAUAACAGCCUGACUUGUAGCUAUUCUAAGAAGGUGUAUUGGGCCUUGUUCUAAAGGAAACGUAGAAGUAUUGCUUCCAAAAGCCUAGUUUGAAUAUGGCAGGCAUCAACAUUUCAGAAUAGCUGUUCCCUAGAACGCUGAUUAUACCCAGGUACAGAAGUCGCUGCUAUACUGCUGCUAUACUGCUACACUGAGGUGGGUUUUGGCAGCCAUGCUGCACAGUUAGAAUCGGGUCUCCAUUUGUUUUGUUAUCUAUAAAUUUCUUUAUGCAUUUGUCUAAUAGUUUUCUGUUUUGCUGACAGUAGCACCCACAAAGGAUCUACACAAAUGCUUAGCCUAUGUCAGGCACGUCCAACAAGUAGAUUGUGAUCUACCAGUAGAUCACUGGAUGUCUGUGGUAGAUCACUGGUAGGUCACUGGCACCCCUAAAAAAAGCUCACCCAAAAUUUUCCUUUUCCCUAAAAAAAGUUGAACUAUGACCUGAAGCCCCUCCUAUAAGAAGCUCAACAAGUUUGACCUAAACCCCCCAAAACAGGGCUUCCCUUCCUUAAGAAAACUCAACAGCUUUGACCUGAACCCCCCAAAAGGGGGUAGAUCACCCCCAGUUUUAAACUCUGUGAGUAGAUCAGAGUCUCUUGGGAGGUGGCCAUCCCUGGCCUAUGUUAUAGAAAUAUAGAAUUGUUGAGUUGGAAGGGACCCCAAGGAUCAUCUAGUCCAGCUCCCUGCUAUGCAGGAACUUAACUGAGACAUACAUGACAGGUUGCCAUCCAACCUCUGCUUAAAACCUUCCAAAGAAGGAGAGUCUACCACUUUCCAAGGGAGUCUGUUCCACUGUCAAACAUCUCUUACUGCCAGAAAGGUUUUACAUGGCAACCAGAAUGGAAAGGGAGGGCUGGGAUUUGCCAGCUACUGGAGUUGGCUCCAGAAUGAACUCUAGUUGGCUUGGCUUUCAUGAUGAUUGUAAAAUAAAAACACCACUGCUAAGAGUGAUAAGCAUGCAUAGUCAAUUGAGAGAACUGGACUGAGUAAAAUUUGCAUAGAUAUUCUCAGUUGUAUUCCUUGAUAGUUUUAACCUGCUGAGCCUCAUGUCAUUCAGUGGGACUUUCUUACUUCACAUUUUGCUUUCCCAGAUGAAAUUAGCUUUGCACCCCUUUGCUGAACUAAUCUCUCCCUGCCCCCAUAUGAAUAUGGGGUAGAUUUUUUGAAAUUCAUUGCCAGGGCCAUACAUGUUAGCGUUGUCCACUUCUUAGUAUGUUUAAGAGGCUGUGUCCAAGGUAUACACUGAGAGAUUAAAGAUGAAUGUUUUGCUAGUGCCUAUGGCUGCAGGAUAAAUGCAAUAAAAUUACCUGUAUUUAUUUACCUGCCUAAUAUGGAAGAGUCUCAUGAGUGUUGGUUGAUAAUUAUUUGAUCUGACUUUUAUUUAAUUUCUAAGCAAGGAGGAACAUGGCCAAGGACCCCCUCGACCUAUGAACAAGUAUGGCUGAUAUACUGACUUAGUACAUUUGAAUACUUUAAUUGCUUUCCCUUGAUAUAACAGGGUUCAUGUUUUGUACCCUUGUUUUGUUUAACAAUUAUGUCUGUGCCAUAAAUAGUUCAAGUUUCAAUCUUCCACGCACCUGUGGUUUAUUUUGGUUUUAUUGUAUGCCUAUUUAUUCGACAGUGACCUAUAACCGUAUAUGGAUUGUGUAUAUUGCCACAAGAUCCUGUUUGAUAACAUAUUUGCAGAAUCUCUUACAACCUUUUUUUUGAAAAUUAAUAAAAGUUUUAUUAAAAUCUAAGAGAACCUAUGGUAAGGGGAGUGGAUGAGUGAGAUGAUGGCAUACAUGGUUUGGAAAAGAAUUCUCAUGAAUUUAAAAGCUUACACUGAUGACUGGAGAACCUUUUCAUUCAGGUAUUGCUUUUGGGCAUGGCAACAUUGGUGUACUGUAGGCAAGAAGAGAGACCCAUAGUGAAAAUGCACAACCCUGUAGUACUGUAUAUACUAUAAACUCGAAACCAUUGUAGGGGUAAGUGUGAGGUCUAUAACAAUGCCUGCAAUUUGCUCUGUUGUUAAAUAAUUAAAGUCCAUCGCCUUUAAUUCAAAUCCCUUCUUGCUUUAUCCUGUAGCAGUUGCUGCUUUUGUAUGCUGCUUUUUCAGUACCAAAGCGGAGCUGAAAAUGGAUCACAAGUUACAGAGUGUCUUUUUUAAAAAGCACACAACAAAUAUAACCAUAUCAAACAGCUUACGAGCACACAGGUUCUAACAAUUACAUAAACAAUACAGUUCCGUGGAACUAAUAAUAACUGAAAAAUAAUUCAUCAGCAAUAGCUGUUGAGUCACCAGUCCACUACCACUUGUCAUAAUCCCUAUGACGGGUUUCCUUACUCAGUUUCUCAGUACAGGCCUGGGCCGCAGAUUCCGUCAUAGUUUCAGCCACAAGGGAGGUGGAGCUGGUCAGCUUACACCUCAGCUCUGGAUGGAUCAGACUAUCUACUGCAAGGAGCAGCAAGAUCAUACUGACUUCUGCCAUAUUUGACAGAGGGUUAUCCCUUCCCUUUAGUGUGGCUUUGCUUGCUUCAUGCAUUGGAGAAAGAGUUGCCGCUUUCUGCACUGUCCUACUUACAGUGGUCUCUAUUGUAUUUAACUACCUACAACCUCCUUUGUUCUGUCUACUCCCCCUCCCCCAAGCAAAUUCUAUACAAUAACACAUUUUUCAUUAGCGUCUAAUAUCCUUUAUUGCCAGGAAUGGCUAACCACUCCCCCAUGUGGUGAGCCAUGUAGCUGCAGACUCUUAGGGAGGAAUCUUCCAGAUCCUGCCCCCACCACAGCGGCUGCUCAUUGAUCCCUCCUGAGCAUGGAGUAUAUAAGGAGGACUUGCUUUUCAUUGAAACUUGUUUGAGGAGCUAUAUCCAGCUGGAUUCUCAUGUGGGCAUGCACAUUUUGUUUCUGCUCUUGCUCUUUGGUCCUGACUUGCUGUGUCAGUCCUGCCUCCUAGAUUUCUCUUGAUUAUGACUCCCAGUUUCUGACUCACUUUGGCCCACUGCCUAUAGCCCAGAUCUGACACUUGCUUAAUUUUCCUGUAGGCUGUGGCAAAGCAGACCUGACUUGUAUUUGCAGUUGCCCCUCAACCUUCUAUUUUCCCACAUAUUUGAUUAUUAAGCUGUGUGGCAGUGGCUUGGUUCAGAUGAUUGAUCGCAUUCUGACUUCCUUCCUGCUUUGUUGUCUGUUGUUAAGUCAGAGUUUCUCAGUUUGGACAUAACUUAUUACAACCCGGGAUCUCUGUGCCAAAGUCCGUGUGUGAUGGGAGAAAGGCAAGGAAACUGCUUAUUCCCAGUUUCAUAACCUGUGUUGCUUAAAAUCUUGAAUCAUUUUCUGAACCAGACCACUGAGUCCAAAGCUUUCUUAAGCUGCUAGUCAGCAGUUUUUAAAAGGGCAGGCACUAGAGACUAGUUCAGUGCACAUUUAGGAAGGAAUUGUUCCUUGCUCUCCUCACCACAGGAGAAGUGAAGACCAAACAGGAACAUCUUGUAGUUACUGUAUUUUUCGCUCCAUAGGACACACCUAGUUUUUAGAGUAGGAAAACAAGAAAAAAAACAUUUUGAAUUGUCCUAGGCAUAGCAGCCAACUCCUAGAGACCUAGGUGCCUCUGCCCCCCCACCUAAAUAUUUGAGAAAGCUUCUUUUGCAAAGGGUGAAAGCUCAAUUUUUUUUGAGGAUCAGCUCAAAGUUGUGCAGCUUUUUUGAAAAUGGGAAAAGCCCCGUUUUUUGGGGGGGGGGGUCAGCUCACAGUUGUGCAUCUUUUUUGCAAAGGGGGAAAUCUCCAUUUUUGAGGAUCAGCUCAAAGUUGUUGAGCUUACCUUGCAACGGGGAAAAAAAUCCUGUUUUUAUGGGGUUCAACUCACAGUUCUACAGCUUCUGUAGGAAAGGAAAGGGGCCCAUUUCUACAGUUUCCAGACAGAUAAUCUAAUCAGGCAGUCACAUGUCACUGGGGAAACAAGCAGCCUCUCUCUGCAGACAACAAUUGAGGCCUGGGUAAGGGGCCUGAGCUGGGCGUGGCGGGAGCUAGCUCCCUUAUCUCCCUUCCCGAUCUCUUGCAAUCAGCUGCUGAGCGCACGAUCUGCCUUUUGCCCCUGGGCAAUUCGGCUCCAGGGACCAUGCACUCGCUCCAUAAGACGCACAGACAUUUCCUCUUACUUUUUUAGGAGAAAAAAAGUGUGUCUUAUGUAGCGAAAAAUACGGUAAUAUAAACAGAAGAAGAGCUCUUCUGGAUCAAGCCAGAUACUAAUCUAAUCAAGCAUCCUGUUCUCACAGUGGUCAGCCAGCUGCCUAUGGAAAGUCUGCAAGCAGGACCUAAGUGCAACAGAACUCUCUCUGUUUGCGAUUCCUAGCACCUGGCAUUCAGAUGCAUACAUACUGUUCUGAAUUUCAGUAGUAUGGUUGUUCCUGCCCCUGGAAGAUUUAAGGUUAAAUAAUCUUACAGAGAAUUUUCAAAGUGUCUUCUGAACAAGUAUUUACAAAUAGAUUAGGACUUACCAGUGGGUAACAGGAAUCUAGUGAGUAAGGUACCAGUUUGACAGCAGUUAGUGUUGAGGGCAGCACAAUACUAUUGGGUCAACUAGAGGGUGUUUUAACUAGUGGUGCCAUUCUUUGAGCCACAUCGCCAAAGUCGGCACAUACUAUUUAAUCUUGAUGUAUUUAUAAUUAAUUCCAUUUACAUAAGAAUGCUUCCCAUUUAGAUCACUGAAGCACAUAAGAACAAACAAGACAGAUCAAGAAUUUCAGCCUGCCUCAGACUACCUGCCUUUUUUUGGCAGCUGAAACAUUCUUUACUUCGCAUAUCUUGAGCUAUUAUUAAUAACGCCGCACUCUUUUUCAGCAUGCUAUUUGCCAGCUGAACAGGAUUAUGCAGCUUAAACUGCCACUACCGUGUGAAUGCCAUGUAACAAUUGGUUUUAUGUGUGUUUUUCCAUUUGCUUGCUUAUAUGUAUUAUAUGGAAUAUUUCUAGUAAGUCAGAUAUGUUAUCAAAUAACAUUAGAAGCUUCUGUUAUGAAGUGCUUGAACUUUUAAAAACAUUUUAAAUUUGUAGCACACCUAAAAUCUGUUGAUGCAGUUAGGAAAAGGCAAGUAAGUUUCUACUAAAAAAUACUGGGUUGAGUCCAAUACUGUGUGAGUUCCGCUUGUGCAACAGGACUUCCCCUUCCUCUCUGCCUCUCUGCAGCCUGCUGCUUUUUUGCCAAAUCUUUUCUGGAGGGUUUCCCAACCUAUAGGAUACAACCCACUGUUCUUUUCACAAAGUGAACUGAACAGCCUGCAGGGGGGUUGACCUCCUCUUAAGGUUUUCUAUGUAGAAUAGUAAGAUUUAAAAUGUGGUACUACAAUUUAGUUAAACUGAAUAUUUCUGAGUGGUGGUGACCUUUCCAGUACAUGCUUACAUGGCAUACUUAGUGGAGAACAAAGUUUUUCAAUUAAGUAUUUUAAUAGGUAAAAUGUGAAAAUGGAUAGACCAUUGUACUUGAAUUUGGGCUUAUCAUAGCUGAGCUAUAGAUACAUAAGUAGGGAGGGGUUUAGGCAUGUCACAUUCUUUGAAACUCAGUUGUCAGCAUCUUAAAUGAGAUUACAAGGUGGUAGCUAAGACAGUUAAGCUUGUUGCUUAUUAAAGUGCAGUGUACAUACCUAUCUUUUCUUUUCCCUACAUUUGGAGAAUGAUAACAACAUUUGUUUGGCUGUUUAAUGGUAUAUUUUGUUUGAAAGGUGUACUGGGGUACAAAGAUGCUAUCUGCCACUGAAUUCUUGAAGAGCAGCUGUAGUACUUCUUUAACAGCUGGUACUAUCCUGAGACGACCAAAGAGUUAUACUUAAUCAUGAGAUAAAUCAUGUUAUAGCUGAUAAGGAUUGGACUGACAUUUCUAGAAUGUUUGCAGAAUGCAAGACGAUCAGUGGGGUUUGUGUUACAUAUUUGAAAUACUUUCUGAAAUAUUUAAUGGAGGAGGAAGACAAAUGUUCUUGAAAUGUUAAUUUGAAAGAGGGUAGGGCAAGUGAAGCAGAAGUUAGGAUUUAAAACAACAAUACUUCCAUGUUCAAAAUAUACUCAACAAAUCUCUAGCUGAUGCAUUUUUAAAAACAUAUACAGUGGAACCUUGGUUUUUGAACGUAAUCUGUUCCGGAAGACUGUUCAACUUCUGAAACAUUCGAAAACUGAGGCGCAAAGGGCGACCUGCCAGUUCAAUAGAGAAAAUUGUGAAAAACAACAGAUACAUGCAGCAGAAGCCAUUCAACUCCCAAGGUGCAUUCGGAAACGGAAGCAUUUACUUCUGGUUUUUUUGUUGGCGUUCGAAAACCGAAACAUCCAGCAAUGGAGAGGUCCAAAAACCAAAGUACCACUGUACUCUGUUCUCUGCAUAUAGAAGUACCGCCUUGUGCAGUUAACAAAGUUGUGCAUGUUACUGCUUAGAUGAUUUUGAAGCCUUUCCCUUUCCCUUUCCCUUUCCCUUUCGCUAUCAUUCUUCAUUUCUAUGCUUUAUGAAAUAUAGCAGUAGCACAACCCUUCCUGAGGCCAUCUAGGGAAGCAGGUGAGUUAUAAUAAGCAGACCAAUAUCAUGAAAUCUCUAGUGAAAACUGCGACACACAGCUUUGUGAUGUAUUAUUAUUCUCAUCCUGUGGAAUACCUGUUUUAAAUCUACUCACUUAUCUCCUACCAACAAUUACUUCAUGUGGGGUGUGUUACUGUUACACUUAAUGUGACACAGAAAUGAGAAGCACUUCUGCACUCUGGUCUCCACAUAAAUAUGUGUAGGCCAGCAUGUCUGCCAGCAACAGUAAAGCAGUCAGGUUUGAAGUGUUUAUUAAUUAGGGAGUGCAGUGGGUUGGAAAUCACAUUUAAAAGAACAAUUUGCCACCCUGAUUUAAGUUAACAUUUAAUGGCAAACAUUUUUAAAAAGAUCUUACUUAUGAAAAACAACUAACUUCCAGAUUGCUUUGUGUAUCAUAGUAAGUACAUCAUAAGAAGCAGUAUAAAUAAUGUUACUUGUUGUAGUGAUCACUCUUAUCCAUUUGAGGGCAGAUGCCUACAAGAUAAGAGUUCUGUUAAGUUUCGCUGUCUCCAGCUUGCAAGUGAUAAGUUCAGUAAUACUGUUCUUCAUAGUAAACAACUUUUUACAGUGAAAAGUUCCAGUGAAAAGGUCAGUGAAAAUUCCAUUUUCGUAAUAAUUGAAUUAAAAUUUCGGCAACUACCAGCGAGUUAAUUCCAGUUUCAAUAAUGGUUCAGCAAUUUCAGUAACAGUUCUCAGUCCAUCACCACUUCUUGUUUUUAUACACUCUACAUAAAUUUUGAGUAAUGUAAUGUAUGGGUAACACAUCAUGAGUGGGAAUAGCUGUUGCUCUGUACCAUCCCUUGAAACUUAAUAUGCUUUUAAAUAUCUGAGUGAACGGUGAUCCAAGCUUUAUUAGUAAGCAUAUCUAAGAUUGCCCUCAGUGCCAUUGGAAAUUCACACAAGGAUGCUUAUUGUUCCUAGGCUCUGAGAAUAUUUCUUCUAUGCUUCCUAUUAGGAGAGCAGCAUGAGCAGCAUGAUGCUGGCAGUCCACCUCAGGCCCAAAAUUUAUAGGAUACUGGAAAAUGGACCAUCAGCCUUCAUUCCUCUGAUACUUUCCCUUGCAUUUAUUCCUGCAUCUCCCCAAACUUCGCCCAUGACUUCCUGUUUUCUUAGUUCCUGUGAUUUGCAGUGUCCCUACUUGUUUAUCCUUUCCCACCCCAAAUGACUGCAACUUUUUUGUUUGUUUGUUUCUCUGAGGAUAGCAAUCAUGGCUAUUAGCAUCAUAGCCUGAAAAGAAAAAUGCUGACUAUCUUGUGCUAUAGCUUGUCCCCCUAAUCUAGGUAAAUACCAUGAACGAUUUAUUUAUUUAGUUAAUUGUUUUAUAUACUGCUUCCUAUUUCGAGAGAGAUCUGUGCUUUACAUAUCCUAACAAAAAAGAAUGAAUAUAUGAAAUACACAUUCAAAACGUAUUCCACAUUUUGAGCAGCAUGAUUAGGCAACAGUAAAUAGCUCUAAACUACGUACAUAGGUAAAACAACUGAGAACUACAGAAGCACAUCAUAUACAAGGCAUCAAAAUGCAGCAUGGAAAAGCUACUCCUUUUUGCCUAUCUCUCAUUUGGAGAAAUGCAGAUGCCUUCUAUCCUGAGGAGAUAAAGCCCCCCACCACCCAGCAGCAUCUCUGCCUGUGGGGUGUCAGACACAGACACCAGUUACACCUUACACUCAUCAACUCAUGGCGAGUAUCUCAGACAAAAAUAAGAAAAAGCAAUAUUCAUCAAAGAACAAUAUGUAAUGAGCAAAUUAGUAAAAAAAAAAGGAGUUAGCCCUCUUAGUGACUCUGGGGUUGGCAAAUCCACUAUAUCGAUUCACAUUGCAGCUGCUAUCACUCUUCUAUAAGCAAGAGAUUGGGUCAAAGUUGACAUAGUCCUGACUAUAUCUUGAUCAUUCUGAACAUAGGCAAGACACUUCAUAUUAAUAUGAUACUGCAUUAUUAUAUAUAAUCCCAAACGUGAAGAGGUUUAAUUUCUUCUUACAUAAUUAGAAAAUUUUAUGUUGUAUGUUGUUUCAGGUUGUUUGAUCUGAAGGUAUUAGGGCUACGUCUCCCACUUAAAAUAAAUUCAGUCAAAACCAUAACUUAUACAUUCGAUUCUAGUUUGAAGCUUUGCUAUUUUAGUUCUAAGCAAUUGAAUUUUUUUUAAAUGUCACCUAUUUUGACAGUGUAUGUGUUAGUGAUACUGCAUGGGUGGGCCAAUAGCUAUUUGAUUGGCAGGGACAGUCUGUCGGCAUAGUCGUUUAUAAUUCCGCUCUAUACUAGGAUAGCUUGCACUUCACUAAGCAGCAGACAGGUCAAGACACUUGGUAGGAGAGAUUGAGAAGAUUGAGACAAAGGAAAGCAGGCCUUGGGAAGCAGAAUCCUUUGCUUAAAAAUCCUCAGUUACACCAGAUACCAAUUUUGUUGAGCUUCUUAGUAAUGCCCUUUUGUUACAAACAAUUCUGGACCAUGUGAGAACUGUACAAUGUCAAAGCCAGGAAAAUCACCCGUAAAUCAUGGCCUGGUUCCUGUUGAUCUUCCAAGUACAAAAACGCCAUUGCCCCACCAAACUGUGAUGAAGAUAUUUAGCAUCAGCAUCAUUGCGCAAGGCCUUCCUUUCUGUCGUAGACGGAUGAAGAGAAAGUUGGACCAUGGCUCCGAGGUCCGUUCUUUCUCACUGGGAAAAAAACCCUGCAAAGUCUCAGAAUACACAAGUACUACUGGGCUUGUGCCUUGCUCAGCAACACCUACUACUUUUGGAGAUCUGAGAGCAGCCAAUGGGCAAGGACAGCAACGGCGCCGAAUUACAUCCAUCCAGCCGCCAACAGGACUUCAAGAAUGGCUGAAAAUGUUUCAGAGCUGGAGUGGACCAGAGAAGUUACUUGCCUUAGAUGAAUUGAUUGAUAGUUGCGAACCAACACAAGUGAAGCAUAUGAUGCAAGUGAUCGAGCCCCAAUUUCAACGAGACUUCAUUUCCUUGCUCCCCAAAGAGUUGGCUCUGUAUGUGCUUUCAUUCCUGGAACCCAAGGACCUGCUGCAGGCAGCACAGACAUGCCGAUACUGGAGAAUUCUGGCAGAAGACAAUCUUCUGUGGAGAGAGAAGUGCAGAGAGGAGGGAAUUGAUGAACCAUUACAUAUCAAGAGGAGAAAAGUAAUAAAACCAGGCUUUAUUCAUAGUCCAUGGAAAAGUGCUUACAUCAGACAGCACAGAAUUGAUACUAACUGGCGGCGAGGAGAACUUAAAUCUCCUAAGGUGCUCAAAGGUCAUGAUGAUCAUGUGAUCACUUGUCUACAGUUCUGUGGCAACCGAAUAGUGAGUGGCUCUGAUGAUAAUACAUUAAAGGUUUGGUCGGCAGUUACAGGAAAGUGUCUAAGAACACUUGUUGGACAUACAGGUGGAGUUUGGUCAUCACAAAUGAGGGACAAUAUAAUCAUCAGUGGAUCUACAGACCGAACCCUUAAAGUGUGGAAUGCAGAGACCGGAGAGUGUAUACAUACAUUAUAUGGGCAUACCUCAACUGUGCGUUGCAUGCAUCUGCAUGAAAAAAGAGUUGUCAGUGGGUCUCGAGAUGCUACCCUGAGAGUUUGGGACAUAGAGACAGGCCAGUGUUUACAUGUUCUGAUGGGUCACGUAGCUGCAGUCCGGUGUGUACAAUAUGAUGGCAGGAGGGUUGUUAGUGGAGCAUAUGAUUUCAUGGUCAAAGUAUGGGAUCCAGAAACUGAAACCUGUCUACACACCUUGCAAGGGCAUACUAAUAGAGUCUAUUCAUUACAGUUUGAUGGUAUCCAUGUGGUGAGUGGGUCUCUUGACACUUCAAUCAGAGUUUGGGAUGUAGAGACCGGAAACUGCAUUCACACAUUAACAGGCCACCAGUCGUUAACAAGUGGGAUGGAACUCAAGGACAACAUUCUUGUCUCUGGGAAUGCAGAUUCCACAGUCAAAAUCUGGGAUAUCAAAACAGGACAGUGUUUACAAACGUUGCAAGGUCCCAACAAGCAUCAAAGUGCUGUGACCUGUUUACAGUUCAACAAGAACUUUGUAAUUACCAGCUCAGAUGAUGGGACUGUAAAACUAUGGGACUUAAAAACGGGUGAAUUUAUCCGAAAUCUGGUUACAUUGGAAAGUGGAGGCAGUGGAGGUGUGGUAUGGCGGAUCAGAGCCUCUAACACGAAGCUAGUUUGCGCAGUUGGAAGCCGGAACGGGACUGAGGAAACCAAGCUGCUGGUAUUGGACUUUGAUGUGGAUAUAAAGUGAAGCUUGAAAAUAUUAUUUUGUCCAGAAAUGCAAAUAAUGUUCUAUCCUCCCUCCCUCCCUCUGCAAAAAGGAAAAAAAAUCCCUUGUCCUUGGUGGUGCAGGAUGUUGGCUUGGGGCAACAGAUCCUAAAGACCUACAGACUACGAAGGAGAAGACACAAAGUUGACGAACUGUAACUGACAAGAGAGGCAUUUGCUGUCUCAUUACAUCGAAAGCUUCACUUUUGAAUGGGGGCAGCUUUGCAAAAUAUGACUUUCCAAAUCAAGCCAGGUGCAAUUAUUUCUUUUGUGUGUUCCUCUCAGUGCUCGUUGAGCAUGGUGGAAACUUAAAAAGUUGUUAUGAUUCUUGUUAACCCUGUUCUUUUACCACGGAAGUCUAGAAAGGAGCUUCAUACCUCCAUUAUUAGUUACUGAUUGUCUUUCAAAGAAGAGAGCAUCUGUGACAGCAAAGAGUCCUUUCCAUGUGUGGAAAAGCUAAAAUCUUACUGUGAAUUGUUUUUGUACAGUUUUACAGCUUUUUUAUGUUAAUUUUGCCAACCAUUGCCAAUGUCAAUCACAGUAUUAGCCUCUGUUGAUCUUAUUAACUGUUGCUUCCAUCUAUGCUCUUCAAUGCAUAAGUUGCUCUGAGGUGGCAAGUUGUCCAGAAUUUGGAGAUUCCUCAGAUGGUUUUAAUACAUGAUGCUGGUGCUAGAAGUAGGUCUUCAACUCUGGGAUUGUUGUCCCACCCCUGUACUGUAUUCCCAGUGGCCAAACUUAUUUAUGCUGCUAAAUGAAAGGAAAAAAAGCAAAUUAUUUUUAUUUUUUUCUGCUGUGACGUUUUAGUCCCAGACUGAAUUCCAAAUUUGCUCUAGUUUGGUUACGGAAAAAAAAAGACUUUUUGCCACUGAAACUUGAGCCAACUGUGCCUCUAAGAGGCUGAGAGUGGAAGAGUUUCAGACAAUUUAGAGUGAAGUUUGCUUGCAAGUAAAGAAUUGAGAGUGCGUGCAAAGCUUUUUCUUUUCUUUUUUCUUUUCUUUUUUUUUCUGGGCAAAAAUUAAAACACAUUCCUUGGAACAAAGCUCUUGCGGCCUGUUCUGUGGGGAAACGUUUCUUUGUGAGGGCUGUGGUGAAUGGAAUAAACAGACAUAAUGAAACUGACAAGAUGUUUUUUUAAAAAAGAAACAUACAACAAUGAAAAUAAAUUGCUGGUCAGUCUUAGUGUUUUACAGAAUUUGAGAAGAAUAACUGUUACAGUUUUAUGGUGGUGAGGAACUGACACAAGCAAAAGCGAUUUGGUUUUUGUGGUAAAGUUGUCACAUGAAAAAAAAAUGCAAUUGUCAAUUGGUUUGCCUCAUUCUCCAAGAGCCACAACUCAAGCUGAACUGUGAAAGUGGUUUAACACUGUAUCCUAGGCGAUCUUGUUUCCCCUACCCCCUCCUUUUUGGUUUAUUUAUAGUCUGAUUUUUUUUUAAAUCAGAUUUCAGUUUGUUAAUUUUAGUUAUGUAACAACCUGACAGGAUGGAGGAAAACAACCUUUAAAGGGAUUGUGUCUAUGAUUUGAUUCACUUAGAAAUUUUAUUUUCUUAUAACUUAAGUGCAAUAAAAUGUGUUUUUUCAUGUUAAUAUGUCUUCCUUUCAAUAAAUAUCGUCAUUUAGGUUUGGAUCAAGCAUAGGAUUUGGCAGACACAUAGAUUCUUAAAACAAUCAUAGUUUAAUUUUACUGAAAGCCUAUUAAUACGCAGGUGUGAAAGGUCUUUAACAAGCUGUUUUUCACAACUCAAUUUUAAAGAAACUUCUUAAAAUUUAAGAAUCUGUGAGGAAAACUGUCUGAAAAGCAGCUGUUCUUUCUCCUUUUAUGAGGGUUGUUGCCCUGCUUAAUGAACACUGAAUUUCUCAUGGGGGUAAUAUAAAAAAAAAUAUUCUGGAGCAUGCUGGUAAAAUAUAAGCAAAACAAAUGCAAUUUGCACUGUGUACACAAACAUGUUUCUUGAAGUUCUAACAGUUUCCUCUGAAAGAAUUUUGAGAUUGAGAACAGAGUAUUAGAAUUCAUUCUUAAUCUUGCUAUGUAUUUUGAUUGACUGAAAGACAAAAAAUUGUCAUUCUCCCAAAUCAUGUCCCUUUGGGAGCAGGAAAGGGCCCUACGGAAAGCUGAGAGAGAAAGAAGGUAGCAAUAGACUGUGUAAGAAGGAUCUGCAAAUGUGGCAGCUGCAGCAGCAGCAGUUACACCACUCACGAACCACAUCUCAGACCUAUUUGCCGGCAAGUCAGAGGGCCUGCGCAGGAUGAGGAGAGGGGAGAUUGUUCCAUUGGGCCAGCAGAAAUGUUUGUGCUGGUGGAAUGCUCUUCUUAGUGCUAUGUUGAAUUCCACCCAGAAUAUUUUAUGUCCCGCCUUUGUGGCAAUACUAAAAAUCUUGUUUGUGCUCUGCCUCCUUUUCCUUCUUCAAUUUUGUCUUUGAUUAAACGGAAAUUCAAAUUUGGUGAAUGGAAGGGACCGAUCCCAAGUAUGUACAAGCUUCCAUUGGACACUUACGGGAAACAUUCAAAAUAUAAAGGUGUUGCCACCCAGGGGCAGAGGAAGGGGGGUGCGGUGGGUGCGGGCUGCUCCAGGUGUCACCACUGAGAGGGGUGACAAAAUACCAGGCGGCACUCAUCCGCUUGCUGUCUCCCCCCCCCCAGCUGCAGGGCGGCUGAGUAGGAGGAGACAGGCAGACUCUGGAGGCCCCACAGUGCGCCCCAUCCCUGGGCGCGCUGCCCCAGGCACCCGAGUAGCUUCCUCCACCGCUGCUGCCACCACUAUUUAAAAGUCCUGUCUCAAAUUCUUACAUUUCUCCACCAUUCUGUUUCAAGAUAACUAAUACACACUCUGCAUAAAGACAGAGAAAGGUCUGCUUGGUGAAGAAGGGAUCAGGUGGUUCAUCAGCAGAGCCCAUGCUAUGCAGACAGCAGAUACAAGAGCUGAUCCCUGCUGCCCAUUUUUUCUAUGGAUCUUGCAUAGCAGGACUAGGAAAGACCACAGCCCAAGAUUCUUGUGAGCUGCUGCCUGUUGCUAGUAUUAACAGGCAGACUGAGUCAUUGUGUGUUUCUACCACUAUAAGGCAGCUUUGUAUGCAGUUACACACAGUCCUAGCUUCACUUUAACAAAAAAAAAUUAAGAUGACACCUCCUGCUCACCCAGCCAUUACUUUCGAAUACUGCUUUAUUUAUUCAUACUUUUGUCCAGUUUUCCUGUGGCAUGUAUAUGUUCUUCUAAACCUUAAAUGAGCUACAUGCCACCAUCAAAUAUGAAGGUUCCAUACAACCAGUGGCUAUUUAAAAGCUAUUGUUUAGAUAAGGAUUGGGGAAGGGGAAGGAAGUUGGAGUUGCACAACGUCUGAAGGUUCUCAAGUUCCCCAUCCCUGGACUCUACAUGCAAGAAGCACUAUAAAUAUUUGCUCAACUAGAGGACCACCCAGCCGUUUUCCUGUCUUCCAAAAGAUACCGGUAUCAGUAUUCUUUAACAGAAAGCACGUUUCCCAGAAAAGUGUGUCUAGCUGCUGCAUGAGUUCUGAUUUUAUUGCUGUGGGUGAGGUGGAGGUUGUUUUCCCAUACUUGUGUUUCCAUGGAAGCCACCCCAUGGUGUAAAAUACAACAGAACCUCUAAUACAGAUCCUGCUUCUGCAAGGCUUGUUUGAAAGACUUUUAGUUUAGCUUCAUUGCCACCCUGGCUAGGGCAUGUAUGGAAAAAGAUCUCCCACUGACUAAGCACGGCAUGUAUGCAGUCAAAAUGCCUACUUCUGCAGGAAGAAGCUAGACAUCUUCAAGAUAAUUUCAAUUAUGCUUUGACUUCCUUUCCAGCAAAUUUCUUUUUCAACAGGUCACUGGAAUGUAAUGUGCCUCUUUUAUCUCUGACGUGGGCGUCUACAUUCAUACUGACAUUUUGUCAUUUGUUGGCUGGUAUUUCAGCAACCAUAGUACUUGUAUGGAAUAUGUUGACGGUUUGAAGGAGGCAGAACAGCUGGAAUGUAGCAGUAGCUCCAAAAUAGGGCUCUUAUCAGUUUGUUGAUCUGGGAUAUUCAUUUCAGUGGUGUGCAGAGAUACAGCUUUCAUAUUUAUAAGUAACCACUGAGAUGUCUGGAUGAUUUUAUCAUGAGCCCUAAAGGCCUGUUGUUCCUUCACACACACACUAUUCCCCAAAUACAUUUUACAAACCUAUUAAGCCACAUAUUAUCCGUUAAGUUUCAUUGUUGGAAAAUGCACUUUAAUGGACUGCUAGCUAUAUAAUAUAUAAAAUAUGCCUCGGAGUGAUGAUCCAUGACAUGUUCUUGCUAUUCUGCCUACUUUAAACUUGCAAGAGUAGCUCUUUUCUCUCGAAAGCAAAGCACAGCUGUCUACGGUCCCAUUACCAAAACAUUUUGUCGCAUAUAUUAUGCAUGAUUGAGUGGUUUUCGGGGCUAUGAUGUAGCUAUAUUUCAUUCAUGGAUUGUCAUUCUGAUCAAGAGUAGCGUUGCAGACCCCUAUUCAAGUUCCAGCAGAGUAAUGUGAUGCCAAAACUUGGGAAGGGAGAAACAAGAGCUACAGCCUACAGUGAAAUACUAAAUGUGUUUGAACUAAAAGACCUUAUUGUUCUGGCAUAUACAAUGUACGUAUGCCUCUCAUUUUUCUUUAUUUUCAUUUGUUCUCUGUAGCACUUCUUCCUUCACCUAUAGUCUUGUUUUCCAGUUCAUCAUCUCCCCUCUGCCAUUCCCAUUUCCCCCCACCAUUCAUUCUUAAUAGAAAAAGUGAUCAUAAAUAGGAUUGCCUGUAUGGCGUGAUUCCUCAGGAGCCCCGAAUAGCUGCACAAUAAAUUAUUGGCUUUAGCAUUCAGUUUCCUAAGUAUAUUCACUUUCAUUUGGCCCACACACUCUGGCCUGAGAAGGUUCUAUUGCUGUUCUUUGGCUCUGACAGCUCCAGUCCUGAAAUCCCAGCUGACAUAUGCUUGCUAUCAGAUGCAUUCCCUGUUAACUCAGUCACAACUUUAACCAAAGAAGCUUGGGUCACUGAGGGUGCUUCUAGGUACCCAGAUGGAGCUGUAGUUCUGUUUAAGGCUAGUAUUGCUGCUUGUUGAAGCCGCCUCUGGUGCUUCAGUUUUAACCUCAUUCGGAGCUAUCCAGGGUGCUACCUGCUUUACUGGACUUGCCAGAACCUGACCUCUGCCUUGUCCAACCAUUCUCUCAGAACCUGACCUUUGUCCCCCCACAUUUGCCAUACCAGGCUCAGAUGGGCGGAGUGACUCAAUGGGUUGGUUCUUUUCAGAUCAGAUUUUCACAUUUUUCUCCUUAAUAUAUGAAUGGUUUGUGAGCUAGUUACCACAGAUUUUUGAUAAUCGUCUUAUCACACCAUUUUCCAUCAAUGAUACCACAUCAUAAGUCAAUUUAUUAAUAUUCAGUGUGAACUUGGUUUCUAAUAUUGAUUAUUAUUUUCAUAGAAUCAAAGAAUUGUAGAGCUGGAAUACAGAAAUCUCUCGCCCAAUGUGGGGCUCAAAUCAGCAACCUUGAGAGUCUCAUGGUCUACUGACUGAGCUAUAGUUCUGUUACUUUCAUUUAACAUAUGUUGGAUUAAGGUUGUGAAAGAGAAAUGAGUGCAAUGUUACCUGUGCACAAUAUUUAAAAGGUCCUAUCAAAAAGGAAAUUAGGCAUACAAUAAGAGGGAAUAAUCAACCAGGGAGAGGUAUCUUGAAACAGGGAUUGGGGGAGGGGGGAGAAGCAGUUGCAAAAUAGGAAUUGUCCUCCCUUAUGUCAUAUGUCAACUUAUGUUCACUCCUGGAAGCUCAUUCAAAACUUUUUAUAGCUUCUCAGAACAAGGAAUGCAGAAUUCCAGCAGUAACCUCCCUGGUAACUUAAUGGCGGAGAAGAAUGCAGCAACGAACAGCAACUGUGGCUUUGAGUUCUGGAAUAUACUGAUGCAACCUUGACAAAGCCAAGCCUAACUAACACAUGGAGAAAUGGGUCAUAGUUCAGUGAUGCAGAGCACAGGCUUUGUGUGGAAAGCUCCAGGGUCAAUUUUUCAUGUCUUCAGUUUAAAAGAUCUCAGGUAACAAAUGGGGAGGAACUCAGCCUGACAUAUUGCUAUCUGUCAAAUACUGGGCCACAAUGGUAGAUUCAUAUUGAUGGUAGCAAUGCAGCAUGACAAUGAUGGUUCCUGCAUAUAUUCUAAUUGAUUUCUUUUUAUCUACUGGAAUACUUCUUUGCAUGCCUGCACUUCCCCUACUUAAUGGAGUGGUUGAUUUCAGUGUUGAUUAAAUUACAGGUCACCUUCAACAACAGUUUCCAAUGCAAUUUUCACACACAUAGUCAAAAAUACAAUAGUUUGGAUCACAAUAUAUGUUACCAGUCCCCUGUUCAGUCCCCUGCUUCAUCUCACACUGAUGCUCAAAAACCUUUCCAGUGGGUCCCCCCUUCAAUGUGGGAUGGGGAAGAGGAACCACCCCAAAUCACUGGAAUCAUAAGGUAAAAUUCAGAGAAGACAAGUUUUCUAGGUCCUCCUCCCCUGCUGCGCACACCAUGUCCCCCAGCCAAUACUGUUUGGGAGGCUUUUCACAAGACAUGGGGGUGGCUGAAGAGAGAAGAGAGGAUGCACUUAUGAUAUUGAUUUGGAUCUUGAGAUAACUUAAGUCAAUCAAAAACAAUGAUAUAGAAAAUUCAAGAAUCAAAAGGACUUUUCCUGGUGCCAAAAGAAUGGCAAUGUGAAGAUUUCCUGGAGUGGGAAUUCAAAGAAGAGGUACCACAACUGAGAAGCCACUCUGGCCACCUUGCAUCAGCUGAUGGGAUACUUGGAGGACAGUCUCUGAAGAUAUUGUAAAGACAGGUUGGUACUGAUUCUUUAAGGUAUUCUAGUCCCAAGUGUAGAGCUUUAAAGGUGAGCACCUGCCCUUAAGGAAGCUUUUUAAGGCACUGGUGUAGUUUUGAUCUUUCCUGUGUUUUGAUGUGGCAAGCUAUUUGACUGGGUCCAAGAAAGUGAACAGAGGAAAAGUGUGGUUGUAAAAUAGUGUUGCCUAUAAUGAGUAGUGUUUCGGUGUGGCAAGCUAGGAACGUGGGCAGAGAAAAUGUAAAACACUGUUGUUUAUUACCAAAAACUGCUGGGCAAUGUAAUCUGAGCAAACGAUGGGGAACUAUGAGAGAUGUUAUAGGCCUAGGUCUAGGUAGGUGUUAUAGAUCUCUGCAGCAUGCAGGUCACAGAGCUAUCAGGACCAAGAGGUAUAUGCAGUCCCUUCCAGCCUUCUUAACACCAUACAGCUUGCCUUGCCUUCUGACAAUCAAGAGAGGAAUGAGGACAUUGCUGCAGCUUCCCUUUGCCAAAACAGUCUUGUUUCGCUCUGUUAGAACACACCAGGUGCUGAUAGAAGGUAAGUGAAUUGGGAGGGGCUUCUCUUCAAGUACCUGUAGCCAUUAAUUCUAACUGGUGCUGUUAUAGAUGCCAACCUGUGAAGCUUGGGUAAAAGGCUUCUAUAGGAACCAGUGCAAACCAAAAAAGGGGGACCUAAAACACUAGGAAAAGGAGGAAAAGGUAUGGAAUGAGAUAUGUGCUUUUUCUUGCUUUCCCUAUGUGAACCACCCCUAACUUAAGUGAUAACUUUUAUAGCACUGCAGUAUCACAUUCCCUGAUAAAGACAUAAUUAGCUGGCUCAGACUUAAGUGUUGCAGCUGGACUUUGAGAUGAACAUGAUAGAGAAAAGACCUGACUACAAAGGCCAGCCAUUUACUGACUUCCAUUUUCUAGGAAAGCAGCAAACCAUAAGAGGUAUAUUUAUUUGUCUGUCACAUGGACAUGAUCUGGUUCCCCUUCAAUUUCUGUCCUUAGUACUGAUGCCUCAUUCAUACUCCAUUUCUGGCUAGAUUAGUUCUUCCUGAAACCACCCAUUUAUAGGAGAAAAUUUUCCUACAAUGGGACUUCCCCUAGCUGGAUUUCCGAAAGUAUCUAUGCAUGUAACUGUUGUUUACCACAAUAAUGGUGGAAACGUUCUCAGAGCUGUUUGAAAAACAUAAAACAGUAAAAUAAAAUAAAAAACAGAAUUAACUAAAACGAAAGGAUUAAAAUAACAUUCCAAAUCAAAAUCAAAAUUUCAGUACAGUGGAACCUCGGUUUAUGAACACCUCGGUUUACGAAUUUUCGGUUUACGAACGCCGCAGACCCAUCUGGAACGGAUUAAUUCACUUUCCAUUACUUUCAAUGGGAAAGUUCGCUUCAGUUUAUGAACGCUUCAGUUUAUGAACAGACUUCCGGAACCAAUUACACCCAUGCUUCAGGUUAAGUACGCUUCAGGUUGAGUACUCUGCAGACCCGUCUGGAACGGAUUAAUCCACUUUCCAUUACUUUCAAUGGGAAAGUUCACUUCAGUUUAUGAACGCUUCAGUUUAUGAACAGACUUCCGGAACCAAUUGUGUUCAUAAACCGAGGUACCACUGUAAUAGUAGUUAAAAUCACAACUAUAAAACACAAGGGCAACCUAACCUAUAGUAUCUGUGUAUUGAAUGCCAAGUUUCCUGAUUUUUUUUUAAAAAAAAUAGUUAUCAGUUCAUUAUUUUCCUCUGAAAUGAAAUCUAUUGCUUACAUGUUCUGUUGGCCCAUGUGCUGGCUGAAGAUUUUUUUUUAAUACCACUUCUGUACUGCUUAAUAUAGAAAUAUAUAUCUAAGCUGUGUUCUGUGAACUGAAACAACCAAAAUACACAGUAAGUAAACCCAUUAAUACAAGUUACUAAUAAUUACUGAUAUAAAUUAUUUCUCCUGACACACUUCCCCACUUAAUGCAUCUCAGCCUACUGGCUCUCGGGGUCCCAACAAACUCAUAGGUUAUCCCUAAAGUCAACACAAGGAAGAGAGUUCCUGGAACCUGCUGAUAUCACCCAAGUUAGUCACUCUAGACUUGCUUUUAUGGGCAGACACCAAGGUAGGUGGAGCUUCCUUAGGCUGGUCACAGCUGUUAAGUAGUCCAAAGUACCAGGAGGAUACCAGCUUGCUGAAGGCUCUUCUGCAUACUACUGUAAGCAGACAUUUGGGUUUUGUAGG